AUGGAGAACCCCAGGAGCCCCGGGCACGGCCGGGGCAGGCUGCUGCUGCUGCUGCUGCUACUGCUGGCGCCUGGGAUCCCCGCCGCCACCCCGGCUGCUGUGCCCCGGCCCGAGCGGCCCAGCCCUUGGCUCCCUUGGGCCCCGCCGCCCGCAUCGCUGACCCUGCGGGACUGGAGUCUGCAGAUGACCCGGGAGGCCGGCCCCGCCCACGGCCACGGCCCCCAGGGCCCGGUCCCCGUUCCGAGCGCCGGACCUCAGCGCCGUCUGGUGGUGGCGGACGACGCGGCGUUCCGGGAGCGGGCGCGCCUUCUGGCUGCUCUGGAGAGGCGCCGCUGGCUCAACUCCUACAUGCACAAGCUACUGGUGGUCAGCGACGCGGCCCCCGCCCCCCAAUAA